UUGGUGUCACAUGACUGCUACCCAGUCGCCUCUUGGCCAAUAGGCGGCCGUCUCCCUCUCACGUGACUCAGGACAUCCCUGCGGGGAGCCGGGGACGGGCGCUACGGUAGCCGGGAAGCGGCGAUGUCGGGGGACGGCGAACGCUCCCCGUUGCUGGCCGCGGAGCUCGGCGAGCCGGGGACUCCCGGGGCGGGCGGAGUCUUGGCCGGUCCCGGCGGGCUCGUGCCCUCCGCGCCGCUCCCGCCCUACGGGGGUCCCGCCGCAGGGAAGCCGGCCCCGCCCCAUGGCUUCCCACAAUUCCCCGACGGGCACCCAGCCGUGCUGCACAGUGAAGACCCCCCGCCCUACUCGCCCAUGGCCAGCCCUGACAGUGGCAGCGCCCCCAUGAUCACCUGCCGCGUCUGCCAGAGCCUCAUCAACGUGGAGGGCAAGAUGCACCAGCAUGUGGUGAAGUGCAGUGUCUGCAACGAGGCCACGCCGAUCAAGAACGCCCCCCCGGGGAAGAAGUACGUGAGAUGUCCCUGCAACUGCCUGCUGAUCUGCAAGGUGACAUCCCAGCGCAUCGCCUGUCCCCGGCCCUACUGCAAAAGGAUCAUUAACCUGGGCCCGGUGCACCCGGGGCCUCUGAGCCCUGAGCCCCAGCCUGUGGGAGUGCGGGUCAUCUGUGGACAUUGCAAGAAUACUUUCCUGUGGACAGAGUUCACAGACCGCACCUUAGCCCGCUGCCCGCACUGCCGCAAAGUCUCCUCCAUCGGGCGCAGGUACCCCCGGAAGAGAUGCAUUUGCUGCCUCCUCCUCGGUGUCCUAGUGGCUGUAGCUGCCACAGGCCUAGCGUUCGGCACGUGGAAGCAUGCCCGACAGUACAGUGGGAUCUACGCUUCCUGGGCGCUGGUCAUUCUCCUGGCUGUGCUGUGUCUGGGCCGGGCCAUGUACUGGGCCUGCAUGCGAGUCAGCCACCCUGUCCAGAACUUCUCCUGAGCUGCCCCCAGCCCCUGCUGUGGGGAGCCCCGCCCAUCUCAGCCAGCUUCUGCCCAGCCCCCUGGUCCGCUCCUGUGCCCCUUGCCUUGGUCCUGUUCCCCUCCCAUCCCGCCUGAGCAGGAGACCUCCACAGGACGUGACCAAUGGAGGCAGCUGCAGUGCUCACAAGGGCAAGGGGCCCCACCAGCCCAAGAGGGAAAGUGGACUAUGGUAGCUCUGUCUGGACCAACCCGAGAGGGAGCUGGAUUACAGUGGCUCAGCUGGAACCAACCCAGCCAAGGGACACUGGGCAAUGGAGAUGGGACCCCCUUUCACCCCCAAGGGGACACUGAGCAAUGGAUCCUGGGACCCACCACCCAGGAGACUUCAUGCACCCAAGGGACGCUGGGCGACGGAGCUGAGACUCACCACCCCCACCCAAGGGACGCUGGGCGACGGAGCUGAGACUCACCACCCAGGAGACCCCACGUACCCAAGGGACGCUGGGCGACGGAGCUGGGACUCACCACCCAGGAGACCCCACGUACCCAAGGGACACUGGGCGAUGGAGCUGGGACCCACCUCCCCACACGCCCAAGGGAUGCUAGAUGACGGAGCUGGGACCCACCACCUCCACCCAAGGGACACUGGAUGACGGAGACGGGACUUUCCACCCUUGAGACCCCAUGCACCUAAGGGACACUGGAUGAUGGAGCUGGCACCUACCAGCCCCAACACCCUGGGUGAUGGAGCAGCGACUCUCUGCCUGGGAUGAGGUGGCCAGAGGGAAGAAGGAAGCCCCCAUAGCUGCCAAGUCACUGGGGGGUCCCAAAUCCAUCCUGAUGGGGGCACUGCCAUGCCCAUCACCCCCUUGGCCUGCAGGGAAGUGGGGCGUGAAGGGGGCCUCCCAGCUGGGGGGGCAUAGAGUACAUUCUGGGGAGGGGAGCUGACACCAGGGAACGGGGAUGAUGAGUAGGAUUCAGCUCACUGCUGCUUCAUGGUGGGUUCAUCUCUUAGGCCACUGUUCACCCCACUGAUCUGUGCUCUGUCAGGCCCAUCCCCCAAGCCACCCAGUCCUCUGCCCUGGGGCCACAUCAGAGCUGGUGCCCUCUAGAGGGAACAGACCCCAUGUCCCAUUCCCUUCCUCCCUGAACCAGCCAGUCCCUGCCCUGGGGCCAGAUGGGAGCCGGUACCCCCUAGAAGGGAAGGGCCUGUGCCCUGGCUCUGUUUAGGGACCACAGCUAAUCUUUAUUUGGGUGAGGGAGCUGGUGGGAGCAGCCACUGCCCUGAUCCCUCCCCCCACCCCCGCUGCCUGGGGGAAGCUGCUCUGGGUUUGCUCUCUUCCCACCCCCCCCCCAGCUGCUCUGGUUCUUUGCACAUUCCUGCAGGGGAGCCACUGGGUAAUGCUCUUGUCGUGUGGGGACCCUCAGCCUUUCCAGCAUGCCUCAGAGUUCCCCCAUGGGGCAACCCUUUCCCAUCCAGCCCCUGCUCCCUGAUUGGGCUGAUGGCUGCAUCCUGGGGAGCAGAGCGCUGCCCCCAUUGCCGCAUGUGGAGGGUGUGAUCCUAACUCAACCCCUUCUCCCGCCCCCUAACUCCUCCCCACACGGCCAUGCACCGGCUCCCUUGCCUGGGCCCUGCCUCCCCUGGUGUGGGGUUGGGGACCCCCAGUGGGAGGGGGCAGUGGGAUGGAGAGGACUGGGGGUGAUCUGCCUGGAGGGUUGGUGAUGAGAGGUGCCUGGUGCUGGCCUCCCAUUUGGGGAGGGAGAACAGAACGUCUCCGGCCUCGGUUCUUCAGGGAUCUUUGGGGGGUUGGGACGUGGGGUUCAUCCCCUUUCCAGGGCUCCCUGCUGCUCUGGCUUGUACAUACUGACCACUCCCCUGUACAUAGCUAUUUAAAUCCAGCCCCGGGUUUCUUCCCCCAUUUCCCCCCUGCCCCCCACCCCAUACAGUGCUACUUUAACCUGGUGUGUCUGUCCUGGGGGAGGGCCGGCCCAACUGAUGGAUGCCCUGAUAGUGUAAAUAAAGAGAUUCCAUAUGGCA